AUGUCCCAAUCCACCCCCGAUGCCUCCGCCCAAAUCUCCGGACACCCCGCCGCCCAUCCCUCCAGCGCCGCCGAACUCGCCAGUCUUAAAGUAAGACUGCGCGGUGCCCUGCGUCAGUUCCCGGACUUCCCCUCCCCCGGCAUUCUCUUCGAGGAUAUCCUGCCCAUUUUCGCCGACCCCUCCCUCCACGAGGCCCUCAUCCGCUCCCUGGAACUGCACAUCCUGCAGAGCUCCGGCGGCCAGAAGCCCGAUGUGAUCGUUGGUUUGGAGGCCCGUGGCUUCCUGAUGGGCCCUUCGCUCGCCUUGCGUCUCGGUGCGGCCUUUGUCCCUGUGCGCAAGCAGGGCAAGCUGCCCGGUCCCUGUGAGACUCAGGCCUAUGAGAAGGAAUAUGGUCAGGACUUCUUCCAGAUGCAGGCUGGAUCUAUCAAGCCCGGUCAGAAAGUCGUCGUUGUGGACGAUAUCAUUGCUACCGGUGGCUCGGCUUGGGCUGGUGGCGAAUUGAUCAAGAAGAUGGGCGGCGAGCUGCUCUCCUUUAUCUUCCUCCUCGAGCUGGAGUUUCUGCACGGCCGCGAUAAGCUCCCUGCUCCCGUCCACACCCUCCUCACUGGCCAGGCCUAA